UGUACUGGGGUAUGGGUAGUGCAGCGCAUGCCUGUGGUGUAUUUUAGCUGUCGUGUGUCGUGCUUUUGACUUCGACUUCCUGACUCGUAAAGAGUCGUAUGAAUCGUUGUAGCUAGCGAGUACGACUAGUCGACUGCAAGUACAAUCAUGACAUCCAUGGCCGCUACGGACGGUGCUGGUUCUGGCUAGCCAGCUAGCGCUUGCAGAGAAAAUACUACACGAUGUUCGACGACGAUGGUGAAAUCGUGUCCGAUCCGCCGUGAUGAUUCCGCUGAAUCCGAAGCCCGCCGCAGCAGUCUGUAGUGUAUGUAGUGACAAGAUAUCAACUGUAUCUACAAUAAUUCUACAUCUUACUCAGUCAUAGUACAUGAUUGGACAAAAUGACCAUGAUGUAGAGCCUGCGUUGCGCUGAGAGGGCAUAUCCGCUCCUUUCGGAAGUCAGUUCUCCAGAUCGAAGAGGUAGACGUCGCGAAGGUUACUGGUUGAAAAAGAGAGCGUAACGCACUGCACUGGUCAGUGGUAUGUGCAUGCCAUGUGAGCGCUGUGCUGAGUAGAUCUACGAGUGCUGACCGGUCAGUCAGUGUUACAUCGUGGUGUAGGCACAAGGCUAGUUCAGUAGUUGUGAUGUUGAUUGACCUGCCGUCAGUGUAUGUGUGAUGUUUCUGCCGGUUUAGAUGACUUGAGACUUGUGUCGUCGAGGAGUGCUCCAACUUUCAGUCCUCCACAGCCUCACUGACCGUCUCACUCUACUCUCUUUCCUUUCCUACAACGACUAGAAAUUUGUAGUUGAUUUCUGAUUUGGUGUUGUAGACUGUGGAGUGGCGGUACGUACAGUGGCGCUCUAAAGGGCCGUGCAAACGUCGACCUGGCUCCACUGCGAAGCGAUCCUCUACUGCUGCUGUAGUGCUGGUCGAUGGGACGCUGCAGCGAAGCAUCUGGAAAAAAACUGCUCCACAGUGGCACAACAUCACAUGGCAAUAAGGAUAAUAGCAGUUAGUUGCUGUGGAUGUCGCUACGCUAACGGCUGCUGGAUUAGGGCACCUGCAAUAUAAGGUGCCGAGUCUCGCUGACCUGUUACGACCCAAAACAGUUCCUGUUGAAGGAUUCACUCACUGUGUCUACUUGGCUGUGGAUUAUCGAUUGCAGCACUGCCCCGGCCUCGGUCAGCUCAGAAACACGCUUAGGCAUCUUAGAGCAGCUGACAAGAACAGAGCUGAACAAUAUCAGCAUGAAGCAUUACGACACGGGAAGUCAACUGUCGUCGGUCGACGAAGACGACAACUCGUCAUCGUUGCCGUUGCCCCUGACAACAGGCACUAGCGACGCGGCGGCUGUGCGUGGCGAUACCCAGGCACAACUGAACACAGCCGUAGCGGCUGCAGGCCUGCACCCGCUGCCACGGCGCUAUUCGCCGACGCCGAAAUACCAGACGUCAACGUCACAGCCUGGUAUCACGUGCUCAUCGUCGGUUCCAGGCGAGAUCCCCAGUGGCAGUGGACCAAUGGCAUCAGCAUGCACACCUCAGCAGCAGCAACCUAGUGUUGCGGACCCAGGUGCUCAGGAGCCAUACAGGCCUGGCAUCACGUUGUCCUCAUCUCUAGGCGAGAGUCCCAAUGGCAGUGGGCAAAUGACGUCAACAUUCACACAUCAGCAGCAGCAGCCUGGUGUUGCGGAGCGAGGCGCUCUGGAACCAUACAGGCCUGGCGAUAGUGCUGUGGAGCGUCCGUUGAGCGUCUCUCCCGACUCUGCCGCCAUUCUCUUGGCUCAGCGACAACAACAACUACAACGUCAGCGCGGUGGCGACGGCAGCAGUGGAAGUGGUGGGACUACACUGAAGCAUCGCGCCAGUCUUCCGGUGUCCUCACUGGCUGCCCCUAGCUUUGCGCAGUUCCGACGUCGCACCAGCGUGCAGCCCGACAUGGCAGCGGCACAUCCGCACACGCUGGGCAGUGGUGGCGGUCUGCUUGCAAAGUUCCACCGCAGUUCCACGGUGGAAACGAGCAAAGUGGAACGCGAUGAGACAGACUCGCAGGAGGUCGUGAACCAGUACAGAAUCUUACGGGAACUUGGAAAGGGUGCGUAUGGUGUCGUCUAUGAAGCCCAGGCAACAGUCAGCGGAGAGAAAUACGCUAUAAAGACCCUGUCCAAGGCGAGGCUGACGAAGAUAUCGCGGAAGAAACAGUUCUCAACACGUCCACGUGGGCCGCCAAACAGGUGCAAGUCAGGUGCACCAGUACCAAUCGCACCUGAUCCACUACUUCAAGUCAAACGCGAGAUUGCGAUUCUGAAAAGUCUCGACCACCCGAAUAUUAUCAAUCUGCACGAGGUGAUAGAUGAUCAGAAUGAGGAUCAGUUGUACAUGGUAUUUGAGUUGAUGUCGUCCGGAUGUGUGAUGGACGAUGAACUGGACGACAAACUGGAUGAGGUGACGUCGCGCAGUUACUUCAUUGACUUGAUGCUAGGUGUAGAAUACUUACACGCUCAGAACAUUGCACACCGCGACAUCAAGCCACAAAACCUGCUGCUGGACGACACGCGCCAGCACAUCAAAAUAACAGACUUUGGCGUAUCAGAGUGGUUUGAUGACGCCGAGGGCAGCAAAACCAGUGCUGCUGGUGAAGGGUCUCCAGCCUUCAUGGCUCCUGAGAUGUUCAGCAAGAGGGAGAGAGGUGUGAAGCUGGAGGUCGAUGCAAAGAAAGUGGACAUCUGGGCCAUGGGCGUCACACUCUUCUGCUUCCUCUUCGGCAAGCUACCGUUCCUGAGUGAAAGCAUCUUAGAAGUACAUCGUCUGAUUGUGGAAGAAGAACCGGACUAUCCUGCUGAAUGUUCUGAGGUCAGUAGCGAAGCGCGAGAGUUUCUCAGCCGGCUGCUUGAGAAGGAUCCUGCGAAGCGUAUCUCUCUGGCCGACAUGCGGAGUCAUCCCUGGAUGCAAGAGUUGGCACUGCCGACCGUGGAGGAGAACUGUGACGGAAUCAAUGACAUCACGGAGGACGAGAUAGCCGCCGCGUUCACCUCGCUGUCACUGGAAGACCUGCAGGUGCUCGUCGAUCUGGUGUACGAAUCCAGUCACAGUGCAGCUGCUGCUGUUGCUGCUGCCAAUACAUCGGCUGGUACUGCAACUCUUGAUGGUGCUGGUGCUGGCGGUGGUGGUGUUAGUUCGUGGCAAAUACCUGACAAUGAUACCGAUACAGCUUGUCAAUAUCUGGAGAGGAAUGGCGAAGGCAAUCAUACCACCACCACCAUUGACGGCGCGGCUACCAAGACCCAUCCAACCGCUGGUACAGACCUACACCAAGCCUCACUCUAUUCCGCCGCCAAACAACAGACGUACGCACCGCCAAACGCCGCGACUCUGCUCUCCGUACGCAGCCUCGUGUCCGAGUCCCUGGAUCUGCCGGACAUCUCCGAGGAACAAGAACAGAUCCUGGAGCGUCUUGCCAUGCCACGCCGUCCCUCGUUCACACCCUCACUCUGGACAAACUCGCGUCAGAGCUCGUGCUCACCAUCUAAGUCCGUAGGCGGCACGCCUCUCUCACGCGGCACCAGCCCCAGCGCGCUGAGCGAGGGUGCCGUACGAGUGUCGACGUCAUCCCGACGAUCUUCGCCCUGGCUGGUUGCCGCCGAUGAGGACAAGGGUAUGUCGGCGUCAGCAUCAUCACCAUCACCCGUUGCAGAUGCACGCGAUGGUGGCACGUGCAGGGAAGAGGUGUUGCAAGAUUCAGGUGGCCCAGAGUUUGUAGAUACCGUGCGGAGUGUAGCAUUACCAGUAGCAAUGGGGAAGGGAACAGCUGGUGAUGUCGCUACAGACAAUGUUGUCCAGGGUCACAACAAUGCUGAUGAUGAUCACGAUCACAAUGGUGUUAUCGGCGAACACACUCAGCCAGCAGCAGACAUAGACGUAACGCAUUCGCAUGCACCACCGACUACUCCACUCUCCUCUAGCGCGCGCCAUGACAACGACAGCGCAAUGUCCGUCGACAUUGAGCGUGUGAUCGGCGCAUGCCAGCGUCUCAGCACCAUCAUCAUUUCCACAUCGACGUCAUCGACCACGUCAUCAAUGGACAAUGACGAGGGCGAGGACAAUGUCAUGGGCUCGAGCUGCGGCAGCGGUGGCCGUCACGAGCCGAAUGUGGUGAUGUCAUUGGACAACAAGAAGGGUGAUGAGGAUGAUGUCAUGGGUUCCAGCAGCAGUUGCGGCGAUGGCCGUCAGGAGCCAAGGGUGGUGAUGCCGUCUGACGGUGUCGUGCUCCGACGGGAACGCUUGCGUCGCAGUGUUGGCAAUGCGGAAAUGGACUCCACAGAUGGUGGUGACGACAGCCAAGAACGCAUGCGAGUGCAGCAACAGCCCGAGCAGCAGCAUGGAGAGGGCGAAAACGAGUGCGUGUCCACGAGUGUUGCCACUGAACCGCUCAACAAUGCUGCUGCUGCUGUUGAUCAUGAUGAUGACGGCCUCCACACAGAGAGUCCCUUCUACUCCUGCAUGUCAUCUAGCACUGGUGACGUCAUCACAACGAGUAAUGAUACCCAUGUGACAAACACCGAUGACGUAAUCGCAACAUGCAGCACACGCAUUGUAGAGGCCCAGGAUGACGUCGUCUCGGCAGAGAGUAGCACUGCUCAUGUGGCGGACACUGAUGGCAGCUGCACUACACACAGUGCACACUCCGAGGACACAGAUGUGAUGACGGCAGUGACCAGUGGUCAUGUGACAUGCGCGGAGCAAUGCGACGAAGAUAUGCCGCCGCGUCCGCCAACCCCGACGGAAUUCCUCCACGAUGCCAACGGCGACGACGAGUGGACUGCCAUGGUGGAUAGCAAGCAUGAUGAACGCCGGGAGAGACAGCUACCUGUCGCGCCCGAUACAGUGGUGGACCGCUUCUUCCGCUGGAUGAGCGAACAGGCAGCAAGCAUGAUGUAAGGGAGGAAGAGCGACACACACACAACAGGCGGGCGAACGGAUGAAGCUACGAUGUCCCUGCAUGAGCAUGCAUACAGUCUGAUCUGUUAACCCCACCGUAGUGAACACUGCCGGACAUUGCUUGUGUCCUGAUCGUGAGAGUGUGGAAAAGUGUGUGCACACCGUCAACUCCACCUACCACAGCCCCGCUUCUUGCAGCCCCGUAACAACUUAGUAGUGACAUGCUGAUCUUGCUACGGAUGCUCAACCGGUGUGAUUUCAUUGAGAUCUUCAUGUUCGUCAUUCAUGUUGGAGAUGCAGGCAUGCCCGCCAUUAGUCCUUCGAUUGUCAUUGCAGAGCCACCUGUAGCGUGUCGUAAAUAAUGUGUUUGUGUUCGUCCUUGUGAGUACGGUUGACCGCACAAUAGUCCCUCGGACACGGAUAGUUGCUUGAGGAGUUGAGCGUUGAGUUGAGCAUGGCAAGUUCCGUUGUAUGACCGCCACACUGGGCAUGCACAUAUCCAUGUCGUCUUGCGCCGUAUUUCAUAAUACAGAUGUAUACAACGUCACAUGUACGUAUAUGUACAUGUACUGCAUGACUGUACUAUCACGCACAUGUGCUGUGCACGCCGGUGUAGUGGAGACGGCUGUUGCACAUCCCCCGUACGCUAUAUUCCUCCUACUACUACUACUACAUGUACUAGCUACAGUGGCUGUGCUGCUUUGACAUGGCCGUUGCACGUUCUAUCACCACUCACAUGCAUUAGCUCUGGCAUUAUUUAUUUCACCACCUACACGUCUUCUGUAGAAGCAGGACAGCAACACCAACAGUCCCAUUAACAGCAGCAGCAGCAGCAGCAACAACGACACCAGCAGCAGCAGCAGCAGCAGCAGCAAUAGCAGCACCAACAGCAGAUCCAUUCAUGUAGCAGCAGAUCAUCUUCACCACCACCACCACCGCCGCCGCCGCCACCACCACCAACAGCAGCAACUGUGGUAAACGUGCACGCCAUGAACGAGUGUACUCUGCCAGAACUACUGCCACAACGCUAUCAUGAUGAUGUCAUGGUGAUGUCAUAGUGACGUCAUGCUCACCGGAACACAAUCUACAAUACUACUGUGCAUGUUACUUCCACUGGCGCACUGGUUUGGUCAGCUACAUCUCUUCUUCGUCCUCCUCCUCCCCGGCCUCUUGUUUUCGUUAGUUUUCAGCCGCAGAGUGUUUUGUAUGAUUACACACAGUAACAGGACGAGCAGUUCGUAACUUUGAGUGUCACAGUAGAAGGAUAUUUAGAGGAAUAGGAGUUGUUUUAAAACGUUAUCAAGUUGUGUAGCCUUUUAUGAGCGAUCUUACACUUGUAUACUAGUACCAUGUGGCUGAUCACUGAGGCAUUCUUGAGAACCCGGCACACUGCACAAAGCAGCAGCAGCAUCACAUGACUUAUAGAGCGUUGAGUUCCAUGUAUGGACAACUUAUGUUUGUUCGAGAAUACUUUCACUCAUGGACUCUGGUACUAAAUCAUUCCACUGAUAAAAGAAUAGGCAGCGCGGAGAUAAGAUCUAUAUUCUACCAAUCAGAAGAGCUAGUGGGGCGGACAUUGUACGUACCUUCAGUAACACCAUUAUUAAUUUUGCUACUACAGGUGCAAUGUCACUAGUUCUUCUGAAGGCACA